AUGACGCUAUACAACCAAACACUUUAUCGACUUGACGAAAAUGUUUGGCAAUCCUCAGGAUUCAUCAACGCCCAAUACGCAGUUUUUGGAAGUCGUUGCCGCGAAAAACUUCAAUUUACGGUAACAAAAGGACUAAUACAUUCCAGAAACGGGAUAACUGUAUCAUCCGAAAUCGACAAUCUACAUAACUGCCACUACAAUGCUGCUCUCUGUGUUACGAACCAAGGUACAACAGUUUGGAAUGUGACGGACACAAAAGAUUUCUGCUCACAUACUUCAGCUGGACAUUUUCUGGCUUUAGCUUCCGACACUUAUGUGAUAAUCCAAAGACUUCAAGCUGCCUUCGUAUUCAACAAAACAGACCCAGACGUCCACGACUCGUUUUGCUACCCUAUUAACACCUAUCGAAUGGAAAAUGACGUAUUCAUCUCCUUUCACCCAGAAUACCCAACCGCUUCGAAGCCCAGAACAAAACGAUUCGAAUUCAAGGAACAACCUCGAAUCGGAGACACAAAACCAGCAUCAACCACUUCAAGGACUACCCAAGGAACUACCCCAACCUCACCCUCAUCAGCGAUCGAAACCCGAAUUCAGGAUCGAAAUCGUUACAUAAUUCCCCCAGUACAAAAAGCCCAGGGACCUUACUACCCCAUCAACGUCCAAACGCGAUCAUCAACAACUAAUACGUCAAAAACCACCAAAAAUCCGCAAAGAAGUGACGAAACCCCGAAAGUAGCUACCUCAUCCGUAACAACACCUAUUUCCAUCACGGGAAAAACUACAAUGGCACCAAUGACACCUACCUCCCUUCCGCAUACUACUCGGAGACAAAAUUCUCCGAUUGAAGCCCAAACCUUUCCCUCACCGGCACCUCCUUACGAAGCAAAUGACCCCACUAAUGUAAAACUGGAAUACCUCAGCCUCACGGUAACUAAACUUAUCCGCGACGAGUACGCAAACUUAUUUGCUCACAUCUGUUCCAUUCACAAUCAAAAUGUGGCCAUCAUCACAGCUUUGUCAAAACUUAACCCAACUUUAGCCGUCAGAUCUUGGCUUAACAGAGAUGACGUUAUCGCUUACCAUUCCGGCGAAGCAUUCGCUGUCUCUACUUGCGAACCAAUCAAACCCGACAUUGUUCAUUGGAAUCACAAAUACGGAGAUUCGUGCUGGACCGAUGUCCCAGUGGAAUAUAACAACAAAACAUAUUUCGCACCUCUCGGCACCUACGAAUUACAAUACAACUCUACAAAAAUACCCUGUGAUCAAAUUCCUGUCAAUGUGUACCGACAAGCCGAUGGCACCUGGACUUCUCCCAUCGGACACGCCAAUGUGAUGCAAAUCGACCGAGCGCUAACUCAACUAAACUUCGACACCUUACCUACCUUUUCAUCACCAUCAAUCUACCAACCACAAUGGACCAGAUUAGUCGUUUCUACCUCCAUUCUAAACUCCUAUGCACACAAAAUUAACCGACUGGAAACUACACUACAAGCUACUCAAGAAAGUGAUAUCCCAGAACUCAAACUUGUAUCCGACGGAAGUAGUGAAGGAGCAACUUCAUCUCUAUUAACCAUGGAAGUAGUAAAAGGAUGGAAAGACGCCGUGAUAGACUUUUUCUUCCCAAAUUUGGACACUUGGGAAGAAAUCACAGUCGCUGUUCUAUCAGUAUUGGCUCUCGGAGUAGCACUAUUCCUCUACGGUCCUUACAUCAACAGUUUUCUCAGACAUGUUAAACGACACCAAGAAUACAACCCAGUCAACGCUGUAGAAAUGCAAGAUGUAUCACCCUCAGCACCAUGCCUCGACCAUGUUUACGUACCUCCAGUCUACUCGAUCCAAACAGGAACUCAACCCAAGAUUAUCGUACACAUCAAAGGCAAACCUGUCGCCGCAUUAGUGGAUAGCGGCUCAGCCAUUACGUACUGCCGACAAUCGCUUGCCAGGAAGCUGCAACUUCCCAUAUCUCCCCUCCAAGCAAUGGCUACUGCACGUGCCGUGAAUGACACGACCUUCAAAUUUCUUGGUCAAGUACAAGCUGACGUUUCAUUCCGACAGCUAAAACUACAGAUACACAUGUUGGUAUCUGAAGACAACCACUGCCCGUCAGAAUUGUUGAUUGGCACAGAUACACUUCGGAAAGUUUGUGCCCAAGGACACUCCGUGAAUUUCGAUCUAAACCAAAACACCAUCAACAUCGGAGACGAAAUAUUUCCGUUCGUAUUCAACCCCGGAGACAAGACCUUGGCUAAAACCAUCCCCUUUCAACCAGCGUUAUUCCCCUUUCACCGCGUUCAUAUCGACAUCAAAGGACCACUUCCGCAAACUGAAAAUGGAAACCGUUACAUUUUGGUUUCUAUUGACGCGCACACCAAAUACGUCAUGGUCUCCCCGAUGCCAAACCAAGAAACUAAGACUGUCAUCAACGCAUUCAUGGAAAGCGUAAUCACAAAAUUCGGAAUUAUGGAGCUCUUAUAUUCCGAUAAUGGCAGCUAG